GACCUCUUUUUUUUCUGCAUUGAUUUUGAGUUUUGAUUCAAGUUAUAUGGUUGAGAAUUUAUAUUAAAUUUGAUAUUCUUUCUUCAUUUAUUCGUUAAUUUUCUUGAUCGUUAUCUACAUACUUGAAAUUUGAGUAAGUUUUUACUGGUAAUUUUGAUGAUCUGAUAGUGAAUUUACUCCUUUUUUUUGAAUUUGCUAUUGCUUUGUUGCAAUGACGGUUGAUACUGUAGUUAAUAUUGAAGGAGAGGAGAGGUUUGGUUUGGAUAUGAAGAAUUCGUGUGAAGAUCUUCCUCCGGCCAGUGUCGAGGGCGCUGAGUGUAAUGGUGGUGAUGGAAAGGAUGAUUAUGUUUUUGUUAAUGAUAGUGAUGUUGCGUUGGAUGAUCAGGAAGUUAUUGAGGGGAAUAAUGUGGAGAUGGAUGAUUUGGAAUCGAAUGUUGCUGAUUGCCAGGGAAAAGGCGGUGAUCAGUUGGAUGUUUGUAAUGGUAUAUUAGAUAAUGUGGUUGAGUUAAAUGUCAGUGAAUCUAAAAUUGAAAAUGGUCUUAUUUCAGAACAGAGUGAGGAUGUUCAGUUGGUAAAGGUCAAUGGAGAGAUAAAAUCGGAGGAUGAAGGUGAAAUUGAAGAUGGAAAGGGGGUAGAUGAAACUGGUGAUAGAGAUAUUGUUGAAGAAAGUUGUGUAGAGUCUGUUGUAAAUGAGGCUAAGGAUGGAGAAUUGGGUGUUAUGAAAAGAGAUAAUGGUAAUGCAUCUCUUGAUGGUGUUUCUCAUCCCUCUUUGGUUGAGGAUGAUAAAACGAGAGUUGUGCUUGGUGUAGAUAACUCUGAUACGGUGCAGAACGACACUUCAGUUGAAGAGCCAGAGCCACAUGUACUGAAAAAUACAGACUUGAUCCCAGAAUUAAAUAAAUGUCUGGAGACACAAGCUGUCCUUAAGCUGUUCGAAGGAGCAGAUAAUGAGAAUGAUAUAGAGUUGAUUGACUCAGAGUUGGAUCUUCAAGUACUAAAAAAUACUGUUCAAUCUGAUGAAACCACUACUGAAUUGAUGCCUGAAGCUAAAGGAACCCAUGAAAUUUCAAUGGUGGAUAUACUGUCUGAUGAUUUGGAAAAACCUGUAAUUGAUUGUGACCUGGAUGGGGUUGACGGAGAAGGAGAAGCAGAGUUGAGAUUUCAAAUGGAAAGAACCCUAGAAUCUUCAGCAGCUUCAGUUGUAGAUGAGGUUUCCGAAGAGAGGGGAUUAGUUAAUGUAAUUGACAUGAAAGCCUCUCCAGAAGAUGCUAACUUAGGAAAAGCUGAAACUGUAGAAGAAGCAACCAACCAGUCCAUGCUAAGAUCUUCUAUUAACGCAACUUCAGAUGAAGAAAGCAAAGAUCCAGAUGCUAGCCAUUUUGAAGUUGGUGUUUCAGGGAAUGAAGUUAAUGUUGCUGAGUCUUCACAUGAUUCCGGAAGUUGCUUGAGAUCUGAAGAUGAUUAUAUAACUGGACCUGUUGUCAAUGAGAUGGAUUUAUCUGAUCCUUGUGAGUCAGACAUAACAAGAGAACACGGAGUAGUUGUUGAUAGUCCUUAUGCCGGUGAUAACUGCAUUAGUUACUCCGCUGUUGAAUUCAAUUGCCAGCCAAACAUGGAAAGUAACGAUUCUGCUUGUCCUGGCAAUGGUACCGAAACCGGAGUUAAACCUGUGAAUGAUGAGGUUGACGUGGUUAGCAUGACAAGCUGUGAUUCUGUGGACACUAUAAAAUCCAAGAUCAUCUUUGGUUCCUUUGAGUGUAUAGCAUCUUUCGCAAAUACGGAUUUUAUCAAUAUCCAUGCUGACGUGUUGAAUAGAUCAGAUGAAUCCAAUACCACCCAGUCAGAUUUAUCUGAUGAUAUUCCCAAGUCCAUUGUUCAUACUGCUAAUGGUUUCUCCUUUCUAAAGACUGAGGAUGAUGGGGUUCAUUCGACAGAGUUUAACCAUGGAACAUAUGAUGGAGUUGUGAAUUCGGAGCAGAUUAAUACGGGUGAGAUUUUGGUAACUCACCAGGAGGGAUCUUGGGUUGAUUCUGUUGAUGGAUUGGAUGUCAAUCCUGACUUGUUGAAAAGACCAUUUUACUACUUGAUCAGGCUCCCAAGAUUUGAUGAUGUGGAGCUCACUGAGCAGAAAAAAAAAAGUGACAUGGAAGUACAGAAAAAGACACUAGAACGAGAUGCUGUUCUGAAAGUCUAUCACGAGAAAAAGGCUGCCUUUCUGGAGGUUAAAUCUAAUUAUAACGCCUCCCGGUCUAAAGAGAGAGCUGCAAAUAGCUUAAUGACCGCCAAAAAGCAGGAAAUUGACGCAGCCCAAUCUUUGAUAAACCUUGCCAGGAAUGCAGUUACCGUUGAAGAUAUUGAUGGCCAGAUACUUUACGUGGAGCGAAGGAUACAACAUGAAACUCUGUCUUUGGCAGAAGAGAGAAAUUUGGUACGUGAAAUAAAGCGCUUGAACCAACAGCGUGAUCAACUUGCUGCAAAUACUCGAAGGCAACAAGAACUCCAUCAAGCAUUGGACCAGAGAGUUGAAACAGAGGAACGAUUGAAGGUGUUAAGGAAAGAAUAUGAUGCUUUAAGAGAAAACCAUGCCAAAGCAUAUGAAAGUUUUACAACUGUUAAGAGGAUCUAUGAUGGAGAAAGUGCCUCGUUAAACAGUUUAAAAGUUGAACUAACUUGUCAUGAUGACAUUCGACAAAAGGCAUGGUCUCAGCUUCAGGACCUAAAGAAAAAGGCAUAUGAAAAGAACGAGAUGUUCUACCGUUAUAAGGAUGGUGCCAGAAUAGCCUCUGAUUAUGCUAAGGCCGGUAAAAUGGAAGAUCUGGAACAGCACUGUGUAAACCAGGUGGAGAAAUUCAUGGACCUAUGGAAUAAAAAUGAUGAGUUUCGGACAAAAUACGUCAAAUGCAAUAGGAGAAGUACCUUGAGGAGAUUUAGAACACUGGACGGUCGAUCUCUUGGCCCUGAUGAAGAGCCACCGUCGUUGGAAGAUUUCUCUAAUAAUAAAGAUAAUGCCUCGGCCAAGAUCGGUUUGAAUACGACUGUUUCCUUGAAAAGGGAUUUUCCUUUAGUGGCAAAAAAGGUGGACGAGAAAUCUGUAAUGAAUGUUGCAGAGCAGAAGAUAAAGCCUGUCCGUGCCAAAAACAGGGUUGAACCUACAUCCAAGAACAAAUUAGCAGAACCUUCUGGCAGAAUUGAGCCAGAAAAGGAAGAUCAUAAGUUGACAAAAGAGGAAGAAGAGUUGGUUAGGAAAGCCGAGGAAAAAAAGAGAGAAGAGGAGGCUGCCCAAUUGAGAGAAAAGCGUAGAUUAGAGGAGAAAGCUAAAGCUCAGGAAGCACUGGAGAGGAAGGAAAAAUUGGCAAAGAAAGCCAAAGCGAGGGCCGAAUUUAAAGCCAAAAAGGAAGCUGAAGAAAAGAAAAAGGAGACAGAAAAGAGGGCAAAGAAGAACGGAAAGAAGGGUCUUGCAGCAUCCACAUCAUCUGAAACUGAGCCUGCUCAAUCAGAAGAUUCCGCUUUACCUGUAACAAGCAGGGAGCCAGAAGUUACCGAAAAGCCUCCUGUGGAUGUGGCAAAGAAAUCUCGCAACCGUGCAUCAUAUACAAAGCAGGUAAAAACGACUAAAUCGGUUGCUGCUCGGCCUGUUCCUCUCCGCCAACGGAGUAAGAGAAGGAUACCACAAUGGACAUGGUGGUUAGCCUUGGCAUUAUUAUCAGUUGUUCUUAUAUUCCCUUUGGGGAACAUAGAUAUAUUGUUGGGCUUGAAGACCUAUUUAUCCGGUAACCAGUAAAAUUAUAAUCAUAGAUUCUUUAAUUUAAAAUAACUUUAUUCAAUUAUGUAAGUCCUUUUUUUUUUUUAACUCAAAGUUAGAUUGUUUGAUGAAAUGUGAUGAGAACAAAGUAUACAAGAUUUUAUUGAAUUUAUUCUAUAUAGAAGUAGUU